UUUGCUAAGUAUUUUUAUAAUAUUUGCCUUUUUACUUAGUCAUUAAGUUAUUAGACGAUCAAUGUCUGUAAUUUCAAAUGUACUUUGAAAAAUCAUCAAUAAAACUUGGUGUUAAUUAUUAAUUUUGAUAAUUGAUAAAGCACACAAAAAUCUUUUUCAUAAAUAAACAUAUUGAGAGAGAUAAGUGAAAUGCUUUUCCAGAAAAUUUUUUAAAGUUGUAUAUUAAUUUAUUGAUAUCAUGGAUGAACGUUUACGUCAUUAUGUAGAUAUGUUGAAUGAAAAUGAGAUUUCUAUUCGGAAUAAUGCUGGAUGUGUGUUGUCAAAACUUUGUGAAAAGAUUUUACAUUUUCCAGAAGAAAAAAUUUAUCGUAUAAUUUAUCUCAAUGAUCCUGAUGUCGUAGAAAAGUUACUCCCAGCAAGUGGUGCCAUGGAAUGUUUAUUUGAAAUAGGUUUUAUAGAGGAUGGUGAUCGUCUUUGUCUUCCAAAGACUGCAUUACUCACAAGAUUGGAGACUUUACAGAAGUUACUAUCUUCAAUUGUUGAAUCGAAAUUAAACACUACAAAUUUGGAUCAGAGCCAAGCUGUUGUAGAAGCAACAAAAUCAUCAAUAGAAUUAUCAACAGAAAACAAAUUUUUUAAUAGAAUUAUUAAGCAGUUUUAUAGUGUUAUGCGAUAUGAAGAUCAUGACUUACAAGAGAAAGCUAGAAAAGUAAUACCAGUUGUGCAAUUGGAAAUCAAGACAAUGGAAAGAUUAAGAAAAUUUCAAAAGAAUAUGAAACUUGCUGCACUUAAUAAAGAAAUGAAGUCAGACUCAGCUUUAAAAGAAGAUUUAGUAGGUUCACUAGAUUUAUUUUUACUGGAACUUCUGCACUGGUUUAAGUAUGAUUUCUUUCAAUGGAUUGAUAGUCCAUUAUGUACUAGCUGUUCUAUGGAAUGUUCAUAUGAAAGUGUAAAACCUUCUUCAGAUCCAAGGUGUUCCCGUAUAGAAGUUCAUAGAUGUAAUUCUUGCAAUGCAAUAGCGGAAUUUCCACGGUAUACAGAUCCAGAAGUAUUGUUAACUUCUAGAUGUGGACGUUGUGGGGAAUGGGCAAAUUUAUUCACACUUUUUUGUCGCUCACUAAAUUAUGAUGCAAGACUUAUAUAUGAUGUAACAGAUCAUCUGUGGACAGAAAUAUGGUCUGUUACUGAAAAUAGAUGGAUUCAUGUAGAUCCAUGUGAAAAUAUAAUAGAUCAGCCAUUGAUGUAUGAACGUGGCUGGCAUAAAAAAUUAAGCUAUAUAUUAGCUUAUUCACGAGACGAAGUUCAGGAUGUUACUUGGCGUUAUACGCGAAAUCAGAUUGAUGUAAUGGCAAGGAGAAAAAAAUGUUCAGAAGAAAAUUUAUUAAAUUUACUUCAAACAUUAAAUGAGGAACGUCAAAACUCUGUAAGUUACAGCAUGGCACGUAAAAAAUAUGUUAUCAAACGACGUCUCCAGGAGCUUGUAGGAAUGCUUAAUUUUCCAAACAUUUCAAACAAUGAUGACGAUAAUAAUUAUCACGGAAGAACAACAGGUUCUUAUGCAUGGAGAAUGGCACGAGGAGAAAUUGACCAGCGCAAUGUAAAAAAAAAUUAUAUAUGGGAUAUUUCCAAAGGUGGCAAAUCAUUCAUUCUUCAAUAUUUUAUUGUUAGAAAUGUAUAUAAAGUUAUACAUUCUGAUGGCUAUAUCUUGGAACAGAAAUCUGAUUGGCAAGAGGGAGUAAAUAGUGUUGAAGGUGGCAUUUUUCAUAAAGUAGAAAAUGAUUGGAAGGUGGCAUAUUUAUCUCGUUCAGUAAAUGCUGAAUACGGAUACGUAAAAUGGUCGUUUGAAGUUCGAAACCCAGAUUUAUGUAUAGAGACAUUUAAAUUACAGGCAAAAACUAAAGUUUUUCAUGGUGCAAAUAUUUCUUGGGAAGUGGAAGGCUUUUUUCCUUCUAUAAAGAAAAAAAAUGCUUCCAUAAUUAUUCCUAUUUGUACAUGCAAUGAUUUUGCUACAGAAAAAUUAAAAGGAACAACAAAAUUAAAUAUUACAGUAAAACUUUCUGGUGGGGAAGGUGAUCUUGCUUGGCAACAUGCUCAAUUAUUUAGAGAAAGUUUAAAGAAUACUGAAGAACCAUCUAUGAUCGUUACUAUUAAACUCAAUAAUCAUAAAAACUAAUGUUUGUUUAAAGUCAAUAAAAAUAUUAACAAUA